AUGGCAGCCCCCAUGUACAGAAUUUAAAUUUUGUUGACACAAAUAUUUGGCCGAAGAAGUUUUGCUGAUCAUCGAUACAGGAAUAAAACAUGUCUGAAGAAAAGAAAGAGGAGGAAUAUAGGUUAGAAAAAGAUCAGGAGCUUAGAUUUGAAGUAGAAGCCAGAGCUACAGCUACUUUAGAGCUUCUUGAUGGAAUGGCAGAAAUAUUUGGUACAGAGCUGACAAAAGGAAAGAAAUAUUUAUUUGAAUCUUGUUCCAAAGUAGCUGUAUAUACAUGGCAUGGAUGUGUUGUUAAAUUAGAAGGUAGAACAGAAGUUGCAUACAUUGCUGAAGGCACUCCAAUGACAGUUUAUGUGAAUGUCCAUGCAGCACUUGAACAAAUGAGACAAAAAGCAGAAGAAGAAAGAUCAAGAGGACCAAGAGUAAUGGUUGUUGGUCCUACCGAUGUUGGAAAGAGUACUUUAUGUCGUCUGUUGUUGAAUUAUGCAGCACGACUUGAUAGGGCAUCUGUUUAUGUUGAUUUAGAUGUUGGACAGGGAGAAGUGUCCAUUCCAGGAACCAUAGGUGCAGCAGUCGUAGAAAGACCUGCAGAGAUAGAAGAAGGCUAUAGUCUGAAUGCUCCAUUAGUUUUUCAUUAUGGUCAUACAAGUCCAUCAUCCAAUUACCCCUUGUUUAAAAUGUUGGUAUCAAGAAUGGCUGAAUGUGUUAAUAAAAAAACAGAAAAAUCAAAAAAGUGCAAUGUAAGUGGUUGUAUAAUUAACACAGGAGGUUGGAUAAAAGGAGCAGGAUAUGAUUCUCUUAAACACAUUGCUGGAUCAUUUGAAGUGGAUGUAAUUCUGGUGUUGGGACAGGAGAGGUUAUACAGUGAACUGAAAAGAGAUAUGCCAGAUUUUGUUAAUGUUAUUCUUUUACCCAAAUCUGGUGGUGUUGUGGAAAGAAAUCAACACCAAAGAAGUGAUUCCAGAGACCAAAGAGUCCGGGAAUAUUUUUAUGGACCAAAGAAAAAUGGAGACGAUUCAUUCUUCCCUCAUCCAACAGAAGUCAGUUAUAAUGAUAUUAAAUUAUAUAAAAUUGGAGCACCUGCCUUGCCAGACUCCAUGCUACCUCUAGGAAUGAAGAAAGAAGAUAAUAAAACCAAGCUAGUGCCUUUACAACCAGGAACUAAUAUUUUACACCAUGUGUUUAGUGUCAGUACUGCUAAAUCAAUAGAAGAUGCAGUGUUAGAGUGUAAUGUCUAUGGCCAUGUUGUUAUAUCAGGGAUAGAUCCAGAUAAACAGACAGCAACGGUAUUAUCACCUUCACCAGAGAAACUUCCAUCAUCAAUAUUACUUCUCAUGGACAUGCAGUUUAUGGAUAUAGAUAUCUAAUAUCAAUUUAUAAUCAAUACAUGCAGAAUAGUUGAUGGAUAUUGAUAUCUAAUAUCAAUUUAUUAUACAUACAUUCAGAAUAGUUGAUGGAUAUUGAUAUCUAAUAUCAUUUUAUUAUAAAUACAUGCAGAAUAGUUUAUGGACAGGAAUAUCUUAUAUUACUCUGUUCCAACAAUUACCACUCUGUGGGAGAGAUUCUAUGUGCAGAUAUCUGGUCUGUGAUUAUCAUUUUAACAGGAAUAUGUUGUUUAUGGACAGACCUUUGUUUAUUGUCCUCCUGGGUGGAUUAUGACCUGAGGAACCCGAUUGGGUAGACAGUCAGCUUAUGUUGUUACCAAGCCCAGAAAAUUAGGACUGCAUAAAAGGGAUAACAGUGAUGCUAAAUGAUUAAUGUUAUUAUUAGUUGUUCAAUAUUUUAAUUAUUGUCAUCCAUUCAUUUUGUAUAAGUGUAUUGUAUAAGUGUAUUAUAAUUGUUGAAUAUCAUGUUUUUGCCUGGUGUACAUUAGCGGCAAUGAAGUUGUUACAUGUAUGAAUGGGUCCGAGUGGCAUCUGAGUAAAUGAGGCAUUUUCAUGAUUAGGGCUUUUCCAGGUUGAGUUGUAAGUGGAAAAGGGGUUUCAAUCCCUCCUCAUACCUACUACACAUGCAAAUUUAGUUUGAGGUCUAAAAAAUCAUUCAAAUUAUAUGUUAUUUAUUGUGGACAUAGAAAUACUGGGCAUCUGCUCCUGCAUGCAUCAGUCUGUCCAUCUGGUCAUAUGAGAACUUGCAAGUCAGAUUUUUAUGAAAUUUAUAUGUAAGGUCAAUAUCUUGGAAUAUUACAAAAUCAGUGCUGAUCAAAUAGUUUUAAGGUAGUUAUGCCCUUGGUUGUAAACGUUUUGAAAAAUUGCAUUGUUUGCCCUCUCAAAUAUACAUAUCUCGUUAAUACUAUUUUUACUGGAGUUAUGUCUCUUGGAAUUAUAGAUUAAUUGGCAUAUUGCAUUGUGAGUGCUCUCAUGUCUUCAUUUCAAGGGUAGAUUUUUAUGAUACUUAUAUCAAAAGACUGGACAAGUUUGUGAAUCAGUGCAGAUCAACCUGUUUUACAAGAUAUGUGUGUGUCCCUUGGAAAUGUAAAUGAUAUGGAACAUUGCAUUGUGAGUGCCUUCACACCUACAUUUCCUGUCCCUUUUUAAUGAAAUUUAUAUCAAAGGUUUAUUCAAGCAAUAUUUCACACAAGCUAAAAAAAUUAGUGUCAACAAGUUUUUUUAUAUUAUGCCUGUUAGAAAUAGAAAUUAAAUAGAAAAUUGCAUCAUGAUGACAUUUUAUUUCUGAUUUUCUUUAGAAAGUUCCAAAGAGUAAAACAAUAAUUGGAGCUAUAGCCCUUUGGACAAAUAAAUUAUUUACUGGCAUUUGGAACAUAGGAAUGGUGUUCUUUUGGUUUUUCAUUACUUUGACAACUUCUAUUCCCAUCCAAUGUUUUAAUAUAUAUAUUUUUAAACGAAGGAUGACUUUAAUACCUGUCUGUAUGGAUGAUUGUGAUUCUGUGAGUAUGUAACUUUUUGUCAUUUAUUUUCUACAUGGUUAUAAUGUUCUACAAUCUUGAAAUCAGUUACAGUAUCAAUACAUACCAUUUAAAAAAACAACAACAACAAACAGGCAUUCACAGCAAUCUCAAACUACAAUUUACAACAUUUUUUUAACCAUAUUUUAUUGUAAUGCAAAGAUUAAAUAACAAAUGGCAGCAAAAUGAUGUAAUAUUUUAUUUUCAUACUGAUAGACAGAAAAGCAAUAUUGUUUUACAGUGUCGAAGUUUUAUUAGAAUUAAAAAAAGAAACUAUGUCAUGACAA